UUUCCAAGACAGCAUGAGACAAGCAUGGCGUCCGAUACUCACGUGUCAGAUCAAAAUAAGCAGAAAUAUCGCUAUAAAAACGGCAAGAAAUUUGGAAAAGUGAAAGAAAAGCGAUGGGAACCAAAGAAGAGACCUUACGUUGCAGAGCUGGACAGUAUCAAGAGUCUCCAGGAGAGCUACAAACAGAUUGAUCUCUCAAAAGUGAGCAAAUUUUCGGAUCUCCCUUUGUCUUGGAAAACCGUGAAGGGUCUCAGUGAAAAUGAAUACACCAGUCCGACUGAAAUUCAAAGGGCAAGCCUCCUGUACAGUAUGCAAGGAAAUGAUAUUCUCGGUGCUGCAAAGACGGGCAGUGGAAAAACAUUAGCAUUCCUUAUUCCCGUCAUUGAAAGGCUUUACUGCCUACGAUGGACAAGGUUGGAUGGUCUGGGAGCUCUGAUUAUUACGCCAACUAGAGAAUUAGCUUUCCAAAUUUUUGAAACCUUGAGGAAGGUUGGCCAUCAUCACGACUUUUCUGCUGGCUUAAUUAUUGGUGGAAAAGAUUUGAAAUUUGAGACAAAGCGAAUGGACCAAUGCAAUAUUGUAAUUGGCACCCCCGGCAGGAUUUUGCAACACAUGGAUGAAAAUCCACUCUUCGACUGCGUCACCAUGAAAAUGCUGGUUCUAGACGAAGCUGAUCGCUGCCUCGACAUGGGCUUCGAGAAAACCAUGAACAGCAUUAUUGAAAAUCUGCCACCAGAGAGGCAAACGCUGCUUUUUUCAGCCACCCAGACCAAAUCUGUAAAAGACCUUGCUCGUCUGAGUUUGAAAAAUCCCAUGUACGUGUCGGUCCACGAAAAUGCCAAGCACGUAACUCCUGAAGGACUGAAGCAGAGCUACAUGGUUUGUGAGCUGCAUGAAAAACUGGCCAUGCUUUGGUCAUUCGUCAAGCACCACAAGAGGAGCAAGAUCCUCGUCUUCCUUUCCAGCUGCAAACAGGUCAAAUACAUUUACGAAGCCCUAUGUCGUCUUCGGCCUGGAAUCAGUUUGAUGGCUUUGUAUGGUUCUCUCCACCAGAUGAGGAGAAUGACAGUGUAUGAGGAUUUUUGUAAAAAGAAACACGCUGUCCUUUUUGCCACUGACAUUGCUGCUAGAGGAUUAGACUUUCCUGCUGUUGACUGGGUCCUGCAGCUUGACUGUCCAGAGGACGUAGACACCUACGUCCAUCGAGCUGGCAGAACUGCAAGGUUUACAAGUAUCGGAGAAGCCCUGCUUGUUCUUUUGCCAAGUGAAGAGCAGGCCAUGAUAGAGAACUUGACAAAGAGACGAGUUCCGAUAGAAAAAAUUCAGGUAAAUCCGAGAAAGCUGAAUAAUCCUCAGAGAGCGCUGGAGGCGUGCUUAGCAAGGGACUCGCUUCUCAAAGAAUCAGCUCAGCGAGCAUUUAUUUCUUAUUUCAAAGCCGUGUACCUAAUGAAGGACAAAGAUGUCUUUGAUGUCAAAGCCCUGGACUCUGAAGCGUAUGCCAGAUCACUCGGCUUAGCUCUUCCUCCAAGAAUAAGAUUCUUGGAAAGGAAAAUUAAGGCAGAAAACAAGAAGAAUGUAGAUGCACAGAAAGAUGAGGCACAAUAUGCUGAGGAAGAACUUUCGCAUCAAAAUCAAGCUAAAAUUCCUGCACAAGAUGCUUAUGACUUCAAAUCGAGUAAGGAGAUGCAAAUUUUGUUUUGCUUCAAAGCUAACUUAUUGUUUUAUGUAGAUUUAAGUGAUUCGGACGAUGAUGUGCUGACAAUCAAAAGGAAGAACCACGCCCUGGAAGGCGCAGAUGACGAUGCCGACGAUCUAAUUGAUUUAAAUGAAGACAAGUUGGGCAAAAGAAAAGUCACAAAAGCAGCUGUAGCCAAAAAGAUUUUAAAGAAGAAAAUUGUCGCAAACAAAAAGAUGACAUUUGAUGAGGAGGGAGAGGCUGUGAGAGAUGGCACUAAAGAGAAGGUAUCAGAGGCUGGCCAGCAGUAUGAGAAGAACACUGAGGGUGGCGGCAUCAACAUUGAAGAGGCCAAGCAGACUAUGCAGGAGGAGGACAAGUUCGACAAACAGAGAUUCCGAGAGCGACUCAAAGCUAAGAAGAGAGAGGCAAAGCAGAAGCUUAAACAGAAAAAGGCAGAAGAGAGGGAAGCUGCCCUCUUUGAUGAAGGAGAAGAUAGUGACGAAGAAGGCCCAGACUUGUCGUGGCUACCUGAUCCAGACAAGAUUUAUGGUAAGGACAGGGAGAGUGGAGACGAGGAAAGUCAGGAAGAAGAAUCUAAAUUUGAUGAUGAUAGUGAGAAUGAAUCUGAACAGAUGGAUUUGGAUGAAGACGAGGAGCCUCCGUCUAAGAAGAAAAAGCCAAGUAAGAAAAGUGUUUUAUCUUUGGAAGAAGAAGAGGAGCUGGCUUUGCAAUUCCUCAGAAGUAGAAAAUAAUUUUUUUGUGAAGAGAUUAAAAACUUUUAUUAUUAAAAUGAUUAAAAUAUAUUCUU